UGGAUGGAUUUGAUGAUAGCUGACAGAUGGUUCCAAUUGAUCAAGAAUAUCAGGUUUGUGUCCCGAUCAUGUGAAUCAGUUGUCUUAUCGUGUUGACGCAACGAUGGUCGGUGAGAAUGGGUAUGAAGAACUAAUUUCCUACCAUGAGGUAGCACAUGCAUCCUUGAGGUUGACGUUUGACUCUUAUCGAGAUUGAGAAGAUAAUCUGCAAGAUGAACUUGAUGAUAGUACCUUCUAUGGAAGAAGAGUAUUAUUUUGGUGAUGAGUUAUGGAGAUUCAUCAAGGUAUGCUUUACAAUUCUUACAUCACUAACUUACUCUUACUUCAUUUCAGCAAACAUCCCAAAAGGUUUCUUCAGAUUCAUCUCUGUCCUUCCCGUCAUCUUAAUCUUUUUUCUCUUGCCUUUUUGUCUAUCUUCUGCUCAUCUUUGUGGUAUCACUGGUUUCUUCAUUUCCUGGCUUACUAACUUCAAACUUCUUCUCUUCUCAUUUGAACAUGGCCCUUUAUCGAAGUCAAACUCUGCAUCUUUCUCUCUUACAUUUUUUAUCAUCAUUGCUUGUUCUCCCAUACAAACAAACCCAUAUUCAAAAACUCAUGUUAAACCAAAAUCAGGCAUCUAUUAUGUGUUAGAAAUCGUACUUGUGGCUUUGUUGAUUCCCAUCAUUUACAACCAUAAACAAUAUUUUUUUGAUUUACACCCAAAUUUUAGCAUAUUUCUAUACUGUUUCUUAUUGUACUUGGUCCUGGAACUCGCUCUAGCCUUACUAGGAAUCCUAACCCCGUUUGUUCUUAGACAAAAACUGAAACUCGAACCACAAUUCAAUGAACCAUAUUUCUCAACUUCAUUGCAGAACUUUUGGGGCCAUAGGUGGAAUCUAAUGGUCACUGGUAUUCUACGGCUGACGGUAUACAAUCCAGUACGAUUUACCUGUACGCAUUAUAUCGGAAAAAAGUGGGCGCAACAUGUAGGAAUACUUGCUACAUUUGCCGUGUCUGGAUUAAUGGAUGAGCUGUUAUUGUUCUACUUAGGGCGGGUUUGGCCUACAUGGAGUGCCCUGUCAUUAUUGCUUCUCCAUGGAAUUUGUUUAUCUUUUGAAAUUGAAAUCAAGAAAUGCUUUACAGACAACAGGUGGCACUUACAUCCGUUAAUUACAGGACCUCUGAUCAUCGCGUUUAUGAUGGCCACAUCCUGUUGGCUGAUUUUUCCUCAGUUUCAAAGGUCCGGUAUUGAUGUUAAGAUGGUCAAUGAGUACGUUACUGUAGGGCAGUUUGCGAAGGGUGUGUGGGACAGCAUGUUGGAAUUCUGUUUUGGGGGUGCUGGUGAACUUUAGAGAGGCCCAUGCUACUAGUUUUCUGCUUGAUCUUUCUGUAACUAGUCUCUUUGUC